UUUAACCCUGGAAUCAAUAACUAAUUAGUUAAUCUGGUCAACUCUCUCUCUCUCUCUCUCUCUCUCUCUAUUUGUGUACAAGUUAUACAUGUUCUUGUGGGAGGUUAGAAGCUUCCAAAUCUGAAAGAUGAAGCCCAUGGUAGAAACCAUUUCUUUGAUUUUCCUUCUCUGGUACUUUGCUGCUCUAACCCAAUCCAACUCCAAUGAUUUCAUCUUCAACGGAUUCAAUCAAACAGAUCUUAGGCUAGAAGGAGCAACUGUGCUCAAGCCCAGUGGAGCUCUUCGGCUCACCAACAAAUCAAACCAUAUCAUAGGCCGUGCGUUCUACCCCAAAACUCUGCAGUUUCUCAUCAUCAACACAUCUUCAUCGACUCCAAACGUUUCUUCAUUCAGCACUUCCUUUGUGUUUGCAAUAGCCCCCUCCAGUGCUAACCGAGGUGGCCAUGGCCUCGCCUUCCUUUUAUCCCCAUCAAUGGAACUUUCUGGUCAGGCUGAUCACUUCCUUGGCAUUCUCAACAACUCCAAUGAAGGCAACUCCACAAACCAUAUAUUCGCAGUCGAAUUUGACACCGUGAAGGGGCAUAGACAGCCUUCGGAUUCUGAAGGCAACCAUGUUGGAAUCAACAUCAACAGCAUGCUUUCUAAUGUUUCUGAACCUGUUGCUUAUUAUGCCCCAGGAACAGAUAGAAAGGAAGAGUUCUCCCUGGAAAGUGGCGAUCCAGUUCAAGCCUGGAUAGAUUAUGAUGGUGGGAAAAGACUUCUAAAUGUAACGGUAUCUCCUCUCUCAGUACCGAAACCAAGCCAGCCCCUUAUCUCUCUAGUCAUUGAGUUAUCAUCCGUGCUUGAAGAGAACAUGUACGUUGGCUUCUCUGCAGCCACUGGAAAAAAAUCGAGUUCCCAUUACAUAUUGGCAUGGAGUUUUUGUCUGAACGGGACUGCAAGUCCUCUUGAUCUGUCUAAACUUCCUGUACCUCCAAAAGAAAGAAAAUCUUCCUCUUUUAAACUCCAAACUAAGGCUGUUAUUGGCGUUUUAUCCGUUUUGAUCGUUCUCUUGCUGGUGGCUUUAGUGGUGGUUCUCAUUUACAGGAGGAAGAUCCAAUUUGAGAGUCUUGAGGAUUGGGAAUUGGACUGCCCCCACAGAUUCAAGUACAAGGAUCUUUAUGCAGCAACUAAGGGAUUUAAGGAGAGCGAGCUGCUUGGGGUCGGCGGCUUUGGCGCAGUGUACAAGGGUGUGUUACCAGCUACCAGAACCGAGAUUGCUGUUAAAAAGAUCUUCAACAAUUCUAGACAAGGACUGAGAGAAUUUUCAGCAGAGAUUGAGAGCUUGGGCCGCUUGAGGCACAAGAACCUAGUGAAUCUUCAAGGAUGGUGCAAGCGAAAAAACGAUCUCCUCCUAGUCUAUGAUUAUAUCCCAUAUGGGAGCCUUCAUUCUCUGCUCUUCGAACGCAAGAAUGGCUUUGCUUUGAGCUGGGAACAAAGAUUCAACAUAAUCAAAGGCGUUGCCGAGGGGCUGCUGUAUCUGCAUGAAGAGUGGGAAAAGGUGGUGAUUCAUCGCGACGUGAAGCCCAGCAAUGUGCUGAUUGAUUCAGAAAUGAAGGGCAGGCUAGGAGAUUUCGGGCUGGCAAGGCUAUAUGACCACGGCAUGGUUUCGCACACUACGCACGUUGUCGGUACCAUAGGGUAUAUUGCACCUGAACUAGCUCAAACUGGGAAGGCCUCAACGAGAUCGGAUGUGUUUGCGUACGGUGUGCUUCUCCUAGAAGUGGCCUCCGGGAGAGGCCCUAUUGUUAGUCACCCGCAGCGAGGCCAGAUGAUGCUGGUGGAUUGGGUAAUUGAGCUUCUUCAAACAGGACAAAUUCUUGACGUAAUUGAUCCAAGUCUCGAUUCAUGCCAUGUGUUUAAAGAGGUAGAAAUGGUGCUGGUCCUAGGCCUUGUUUGCUCUCACCCUAACCCAGAAGCCAGGCCUACCACGAGGCAGUUAAUGAGGUACCUCAAUGGAGAUGACUUGCUUCCAGGCAUCCAUACAUUCUUCGACGCUCAACACCGGGGAGUGAACAGGUUCUGGGAAGCCAUUUCAGGCGAUACAUCGACAUCUUAUCGUUCAUCAUCCAUAGGGGAGAUUUCUUCUAGUUCUUUUGAAGUUGGCAGAUAGUCCCAAUCCCAAAUCGUUUCCAAACUGCAUGCAACUAAACUUUAGGAUAUAUAUAUAUAUAUAUAUAUGAACUAGUCUGUAGAUGCAUAUAUAGAGAUACCAUUUGCAAGUUAGAUUUGAUAUAUUGUUUGGAUCCCUUAUCAUUCA